GUAUAGACCGGGAGAGGAGGGCGCAUCUCUCCUUCAGGCACCCCGCCAUGGGCAAUGCCCCCAAUGGCUCGCGGCUCGAGGACUGCGAGACUCGACAGUGGCUCCCCUCGGGCGAAAGCCCAGCCAUCAGCUCCGUGAUGUUCUCGGCCGGGGUGCUGGGGAACCUCAUCGCGCUGGCCCUGCUGGCGCGCCGCUGGCGGCAGGACGCGGGGCACAGCGCCGGCCGCAGGAACUCCAUCUCCUUGUUCCACGUGCUUGUGACCGAGCUGGUGUUCACCGACCUGCUCGGGACCUGCCUCAUCAGCCCCGUGGUGCUGAUUUCGUAUGCACGGAACCAGACCCUGGUGGCACUGGCGCCCGAGAGCCGCGCGUGCACCUACUUCGCUUUCACCAUGACCUUCUUCAGCCUGGCCACCAUGCUCAUGCUCUUCGCCAUGGCCCUAGAGCGCUACCUAUCCCUCGGGCACCCCUACUUCUACCAGCGCCACGUCACGUACCGCGGGGGCCUGGUCGUGCUGCCUGCCAUCUACGCCGUCUCCCUGCUCUUUUGCUCCCUGCCGCUGCUGGACUACGGGCAGUACGUCCAGUACUGCCCCGGGACGUGGUGCUUCAUCCGGCAAGGACGCACCGCUUACCUGCAGCUCUACGCCACCCUGCUGCUGCUGCUCAUCGUCGCGGUGCUCGCCUGCAACUUCAGUGUCAUCGUCAACCUCAUCCGCAUGCACCGCCGAGGCAGGAAAAGCCGCUGCACACCCUCCUCGGACAGAGGCAAGGGCGGCCUCGGGGCCCGCAGGAAAGGGGUGUCCAUGGCUGAGGAGACGGACCACCUCAUCCUCCUGGCCAUCAUGACCGUCACCUUCGCCGUCUGCUCCUUGCCUUUCACAGUAAGUCACUCGCUCCGUUUCCACAGCCCAGAUCUGCGCGGCCUUCUCACACUCUCCUCUCACCCCACCCUUCCCACCGCCCUACGUAUUCUUACAAGUUGGAAACUUUUUGCAGCUUGUAAAAAUAUAUGUUCUAGUUUGUAA